GGCCUAUCUUCUAAAACAGGACAUAUCAUUAUGUCAGUUUCAGAGAUGUCUUCCAGAAGUCCCAAAAGUUUAAUUAAAGGUAAAUGGGGAUCGAAGCCUAGUAACUCCAAAUCAGAAACUGCAUUAGAAAAAUUUAGGGGAGAAAUUGCAGCCUUAAAAACAUCCGUGGAUGAAAUCACAAGUGGAAAAGGAAAGCUGACUGAUAAAGACAAACACAGACUUUUGGAGAAAAUUCGAGUCCUGGAAGCUGAGAGGCAGAAGAAUGCUUAUCAUCUCACAGAGAAAGACAAAGAAAUACAGCGCCUCAGAGAGCAGCUGAAAGCCAAAUACAGUAGUACCGCAUUGCUUGAACAGCUGGAAGAGAAAACAAAGGAAGGCGAAAGGAGGGAACAGCUGUUGAAAUCCUUGUCUGAAGAGACAGAUGUAUUGAAAAAGCAGUUGUCUGCUACAACUGCAAGGCUUGCUGAACUUGAGAGCAAAGCCAGUACACUUCAUUUAUCACAGACUGUGGCCACAAGCUGCUUCAACUCAUCAAUGAGUAAUAUUCAUGAAAUGGAAAUACAGCUGAAAGAUGCUCUGGAGAAAAAUCAGCAGUGGCUUGUGUAUGAUCAGCAGCGGGAGGUCUACGUAAAAGGACUUUUAGCCAAGAUCUUCGAGUUGGAACAGAAAUCAGAAACAGCUGCUCAUUCACUCCCACAGCAGACAAAAAAGGCUGAAUCAGAAGGUUAUCUUCAAGAAGAAAAGCAAAAAUAUUACAACCAUCUCUUGGCAAAUGCAAAAAAAGAUCUUGAGGUUGAACGACAGACCAUAACUCAGUUGAGCUUUGAACUUAGUGAAUUUCGAAGAAAAUAUGAAGAAACCCAGAAAGAAGUCCAAGAUUUAAAUCAACUGCUGUGUUCACAAAGAAAGGCAGAUGUACAACAUCUGGAAGACGAUAGGCAUAAGACAGAGAAAAUACAAAGGCUCAAGGAAGAGAAUGAUAUUGCGAGGGAAAAGCUUGAAGAAGAGAAGAAGAGAUCUGAGGAGCUCUUAUCUCAGGUCCAGUUUCUUUACACAUCUCUGUUAAAGCAUCAGGAAGAACAAACAAGGGUAGCUCUGUUGGAACAACAGAUGCACGCAUGUACUUUAGACUUCGAAAAUGAAAAACUUGACCGUCAAAAUAUGCAGCACCAACUGCACAUAAUUCUUAAAGAACUGCGAAAAGCAAGAAAUCAAAUAACACAGUUGGAAUCCUUGCCAGAAAAUGAACUUGAAAGCACAUCACAGCUGGAGAAAUACUGUCCAGGAUUAUUUGUGUUUUUCAGCAAUGACUGUGGUGCGGAUGGGGAUGAAGAGAAGACAGGAGAUGAAAGAAAGAGUCACGCUGGGACUCCAAUGACAGUGGUCAGGCCUGGCUGUUCAGCACAGGGGAGUCAGCCCCUUUGUACAUCUCAGUCCUCACAGCUGCUGCAAGGCCGACCCUUGCUUUCUGCUCUUCAAUUCCUCAGGGGAGACACCCGCAACAGGGAACUGGAGGAAAUUCCCCGGGCAAAUGAUUGGCCCAGUACGAGGCGGACAGUGGAGAGGACCACAGGCCUGAGGCGCACGAGAGCACCUGCCCUUUCCCAGGUGCGGCUUGGUCUCCAACGCCUUCCGAUGUGCCGGAAUGCUGCUCAGAACUCGUCUACCUGGGAACUCUGGGGCGGCCUGGAAGAAGGAGCACGAGGCGGCCUUCAUCUCCCCCACCCACCCUGGCCUGGCCUGGCCAAGGCGGUUACCCAGCUGGGCAUGGUCAAGGCAAUUGGGUCUGGGGUGCGGCGGGAACCCUCCUUAGCAGGAUAG